AUGCGGGGACAUGAUGAAAGUGAUUCCUCAGACAAUCCAGGGAUUUUUAGAGGUUUAGUCGACUUGAUGGCAUCAAUUGAUCACGACUUGAGGCAACACCUUGAAAAUGCUACUGUAUUUAAAGGCACCUCGAAAACAGUCCAGAACGAGAUCCUGGAUUGCAUGUUGGCAGUUCUGAGAGAAAGGAUCGUGGAAGAAGUAAAGGCAGCGAAGUUUUUAGCCAUUCAAGCUGAUGAAACCACUGACAUUUCUACACACUGUCAGUUAGUCAUGGUGCUAAGAUACAUUGACCAACGAAACCGUAUUCAAGAGCGUUUUUUUGAAUUCAUCAAGCUACCCAAUGCUUGUGCAGAUGCAAUAGCCAGUGCCUUAUCGGAGAGGCUGCGCUUCAUCCUCCCCCAGGGACAAGAGAGAAAGUUGAUCGCCCAGGCCUACGAUGGGGCCGCUGUAAUGAGGGGUACCACUGGAGGAGUGCAGCGUAAGAUACAGGACAUUUAUGCUAACGCUCACUACGUACAUUGUUAUGCCCAUCAGUUAAACCUGGUAAUGCAACAAGCAACCUCCCACAUCCCUCAAAUCAGUCACUUUUUUUCCGACAUAGCAGGAUUCGCUUCUUUUUUUACUAAAUCGAGCAAGAGGCCUGCAGUGCUUGACGAGGUGGUGGCGCACCGACUUCCAAGUGCAUCGGCAACCCGUUGGAACUUCAACAGUCGUGCUGUGAAUACAGUGUAUGAACAUAAAGACGAUCUGGUGAGGUGUUUUCAGACCAUCCGUAACAGUGAAGGAUUUGAUGCCCCUACAAAGAGAGAUGCCGGUGGUUUCGUGAGAAUGCUGGAAGACGAAGCUUUCUGUUUUUUCCUGGCCUUGUUUCACAAGAUAAUGCCACAUGUAGACAUGCUGUAUAACCACCUACAGAAGAGAAACAUCGAUUCUGUCACCAUCGCAGGGAUCACCCAGACAUUCAUCAGCCGCAUGCAGGCUAUCAGGGAGGCACUUCCUAAUCUGGUUGUGGAUGAGGAGUACAGGGGACCUGUUCAAGACCCACCCACAAAGAGACGGAGAACAUUGGGGGAAGACAGGCAACACCAUUUGGCACUGGAGGUGUGCGACACCAUUAUGAGCCAUGCCAAGGAGAGGUUUUCUUUCACCAAGCACCUUGUCAGCGCCACUCUGUUGCAAGGAGACUUGUUCCAACAACACAGCAAAAAUUUUCCAGAUGCAGCACUACAAACCACAGUGGAAGCCUAUCCCUCAUUGGACAAAGCCAGACUUAAAACAGAACUGUCCCUGAUCUACGACAACGAGGAGUUUCAGAGUUGUAGUGGUGCGCUGGCGCUCUAUCAGGUUCUGAUGGAAAACAACCUUCAAGACACAUUCACCGAAACUGUAAGUCUUCUUAACAUCCUCAUCACCACACCAAUGACAACAUCAGAAUCGGAGAGGUGUUUCUCUACUUUAAAGAGGAUAAAAACUUUCCUGAGAAACAAUAUGGCUCAGGAUCGGCUCAACGCUCUGGCUAUGCUGUCCAUAGAGAAAAAACUCACACAAGAACUUCCUGAUUUCAACACCAGGGUCAUCGAGAAAUUUGCCACUCAGAAAGACAGACGAGCAAAGUUCUUGUACAAAUAAGAACCCUUAACCAUAUUUACUCUCUUUCUCCAUCCCUCUCUCUUUCUCUCUUUAGCCCACCCCCCCAAUCAGUUUACAGUUGUUGUUUUCAAUAGUUAUUUUUCAUUCAUUCAAAAAAAA